AUGAAGCUCUAUUUAGCCAUUCUCUUGCUGACAAUUGUUGGCACUCAUGCCUGGAACAAUGGCCUUGCGCGAACACCACCAAUGGGAUGGCUAUCGUGGCUCAAGUUUGCUUGUACAACUGACUGUUCAACCUACCCAAAGCAGUGCAUUAAUGAGCAGCUCUACAAGGACAUGGUAGAUAAACUAGCAUCAGACGGAUACCUUGCACUGGGAUACAAUACAGUCAAUAUUGACGAUUGCUGGAUGGAAAAGGGUGGUAGAGAUCCGACCACAAAAAGACUGAUUCCCGAGAAGCAUCGUUUUCCAAGUGGCAUCAAAUCACUAGCUGAUUACGCUCACUCAAAAAAGGUGCAGUUAGGAAUAUACGAAGACAUUGGUAAAUCAACAUGUGCAGGAUAUCCAGGCACCUUUAGCUUCAACGGCUCAGUAGACUACACCGAAGUUGACGCUAUGACUUUCUCUGACUGGGGCGUGGACUCGUUGAAGUUGGAUGGCUGCAACGCAAACCACCCGUAUAAGGACACCUAUCAGGCUUAUUCACGAGCACUAGGAAAGCAAAAACACAAGAUUGUUUUCGGCUGCAGUUGGCCACUUUUUGACCAGCACCACGCCGGCGAUGAGAUGUACAAAAUUCUUCAUGAGCACUGUCACUUGUGGCGUAACUACAAUGACAUUGAGGACUCUUGGCGAUCUGUGAAGGGCAUUAUUGAGUUUUAUCGGAUGAACGUGCAUCAUUUCCUCAAAUGGCACGGUCCGGGAAGUUUCUUUGACCCUGACAUGCUGAUCAUCGGCAAUGAUGGCCUGAGUUAUGAACAGUCAAAGUCUCAGAUGGCAUUCUGGUGCCUCUGGUCGGCCCCUCUUUUGAUGUCCAAUGAUCUGCGUGACAUCAAACCUGAAUUCAAAGCCAUUCUGCAAAAUAAGCACCUAAUUGCAGUGAACCAGGAUCCACUGGCGCGCCAUGAGCAGAUUAAAAAGUACAAGCUGAUAAUAGACACGCUCAUUGAAGGGGGAGGAACUGCCGGAGAAAAGGUUCAGAAACAGAUUGGCGGUGAAAAAAACCAAUCGAAUGACUUUCGGCAGUUAUGGCCUUUGUCGCCAAGCAAAGCAAAUGCAGAUAAACAGUCAAAAAUUCGCAAACGGAAAACUAAAGACAGUGACGUUUCAGUUGGCAGCACCAGCACUAGUACUACGAAGAACACUACCCAGAAAUCGCCAAAAACUACUUCGUCGAAAACUACUUCGCCGAAAACUACUUUGGCAAAAACUACUUUUCCAGAAACAACUUCACCAGUCAGCAGUCGCCUCAAUGCUGUGGGCAAAGUUGAGAAAACCAGUGCCACAGUGCCAAACAAGCCCAUUGCUGUCAAAGCACCAGAGGCAAAGGAGUUACCGCCUUCUAACUUUGUGGUUCUUUCAAACGCAGUCACUGUCAAGUCCUCUGGUUUGGGCUCCGGCUCGGCCACACGUCGGUCAAUGAGCUACAACCCUUCGCAAGCCUCUGAUUCGACCUCUUCAUCUCCGAACAAGCAAGAGUAA